AUGCUCUUCGUUCCCUAUUUCUUGUUCUUGUGUAUCUAUCUAUCUAUCGAUAUAUCUAUCUAUCACAGAUUUUUAUCUAUCUAUCUAUAUAUCUAUCUAUCUAUCUAUUUAGCUAUCUUCUAUCUAUCUAUCUAUCUAUCUAUCUAUCUAUCUAUCUAUCUAUCACAGAUUCUUAAGAUAUAUCUAUGUAUCUCUUUUAUAUUACUCUUAUUUCAAUUUAUCUAUCUAUCUAUCUAUCUAUCUAUCUAUCUAUCUAUCUAUCUAUUAUUAAGAGAGAUCUACGUAUCUCUUUUAUAUUCUCUUAUUUCUAUCUAUCUAUCUAUCUAUCUAUCUAUCUAUCUAUCACAGAUUCUUAAGAUAUAUCUAUGUAUCUCUUUUAUAUUACUCUUAUUUCAGUUUAUCUAUCUAUCUAUAUAUCUAUCUAUCUAUCUAUCUAUUUAUCUAUCUGUCAGAGAUUUUUUAUAUAUAUCUAUAUAUCUCUUUUAUAUUACUCUUAUUUCAGUUUAUCUCUCUAUCUAUCUAUUAUCUAUAACAGAUUCUAAGAUAUAUCUAUGUAUCUCUUUUAUAUUACUCUUAUUUCCGUUUAUCUAUCUAUCUAUCUAUCUAUCUAUCUAUCUAUCUAUCUAUCUAUCUAUCUAUCUAUGUCUUAUCACUAUCUAUCUAUCUAUCUAUCUAUCUAUCUAUCUAUCUAUCUAUCACACUUAA